UCGAGGUGGCCGUUUCAACAUGGCGGCCCCCAGGGCGUGCAUACCAGGUGAGCGCCUGUGCAGCGCGGAGGAGUGCAGGGAGGGCAGUGGCACCUACUCCCGCCACGGGUACCUUUUCGCGUCCUUGGCUGGGUAUGGGCGGCGACGAGCCGAUGACAGUGGCUUGCUGCCGGUGAUGGAGGUGGUGCGCGACACGAACACGCAGCUCGUUCCCGAGAUCGGCGUCGUCGUUACGGGAAAGAUCAGCAGCAUUAACCCUCGAUUUGCCCGGUGCCAGAUCCUCUUUGUGGGGUCUACCCCUCUUAAGGGCAUCUUCCGGGGGACCAUCCGGAAAGAAGACGUUCGAGCGACGGAAAAAGACAAGGUGGAAAUCUACAAAUCCUUUCGGCCCGGAGACAUCGUCCUAGCACGGGUGAUCUCACUGGGCGACUCGCAAUCCUACUUGCUGAGCACUGCCGAGAACGAGCUGGGGGUGGUAGUGGGGCACAGCGAGGCAGGAGCGCAAAUGGUGCCGAUCAGCUGGUGCGAGAUGCAGUGCCCCAAGACGCACGCGAAGGAGUACCGCAAGGUGGCACGGGUGCAGCCCGAGUACCUGCAGACAUAACCACAUCGGCACUGGCAGAACACCAGCAUCACAGGCACCCCAGUGCAGCCACACCAGCUAUGCAAGCACACACACCAGCGCUAGCACACACAAGCAGUACGCCCACACCAACCAACAUCAAUAACAGCCGCCAUUGGCCACUCAAUGAUGGUGAUGUCCCAAGAGUACCUGUGCCAGGCUAAGUACACCCACAGCCCUACCAGCAGCGCAGGAGCAACAGCCACCAUUCGCCACAAAGUGGCGGUGACGUCAAGAUGGCAUUUGUCCCAGGCGAGCUGUACUUGGCUGCUACACAGCACAGGCACACACCAGCACACCCACAAGAGCACACUGGCUCACACCUUAGUGAAUACCAACACGUUUACAAUCAUUGAUUUUUUUGUAUCUGUUAAAUAAACAUGAUUCGAUUGUU